AUGUUCUCGAACGUGACGCCGAGAACAGCUGUUACCUUCACCAAAUACAGCGUGCUUCUGUGCUGCGGUUGGCCACUACCCUCGACAGCGACGAAAUGUCAGUAUUACGUUUACAUGGUCUUGAAAUUUCUGUCCAUUUUAAUCGACAUCGCGGUGAUUUUGCCUGUAUUCUGGGCGCUUUACAUUUACAUCGACGAUCCAGUGAUCACCGGUAAGACGUUCGGGCUUGGGACUGCUUUAGUUCAGACGCUCGCGAAUAUGAUCAUCUGCUCCGUUCAACACAAUCAUUAUCAACGAUUGAUCGAGGAAAUGACGAGUUAUUUAGAUAAAGCGAAAUCCUAUGAAAUGGCUAUCUUCCAACAAUACGUGGACAAGUAUUCUCCAUAUCACGGGUUCUCCACAAUGAUGUUCUAUUUUUGCGCGACACUUGUCGUGUUCUCAAGCAUGUUCUCGGAUCAGCCGUUCCCGACAAUUGCCGAAUAUCCGUUCCGCGUCGAUUACGAACCCGUUAGAACAGCUAUUUUCAUGAAUCACGUUCUCACCGCUUACCAAAACGUUUCGAGCGUGAGUUUGAAUACGCUGGCAGCGUUGCUGCUUUUAUUCGCUGCUGCAAGAUUCGACAUACUGAUGCUGACUUUAGAAGAGGCUGUCACUGUCACGGACUUGAAGGAAUGCAUGAAAAGUUACGAUGAAGCGAGAAGAUAUGCACAUGAUGUGAUUGGCGGCAUCCAAUAUCUGUCUUUGUCCUCAGUAGCGUUCAGUAGCGUAAUCCUUGUAAAUGGCGGUAUUAAUAUCAUCGGACGCCGUGAGUUUCCGGUGAAGUGUCAAUUUGUAUUUGUGAUUAUAGUGACACUGUUCGAAGUUUUUUCGUUCGUAUUACCAGCUGAUUCUCUGAUAGAAGCGAGUACAGGUGCUAUCCUGGGUGUCUACAAUAUGAAGUGGUACGAUCAAGAUUUAAAUGUGCAGAAAACUGUGCUGCGUAUGUUGGUGCCUCAGAAGCCGAUAGACGUCAGCUUCAUAUACGUUAUUCCACAACUGUCCUUGAACUAUUACUGUUCGUACAUUUCAGGCGCUUUCUCCCUGUUCACGGUUCUGCGACUCGCUCUGGACGACUCAGAAGUUACAGUGUCGUCCAACACUCUUAACACCACUUGUUGCUACGAUUGA